CUACACUGAUGUUUCAAGGUAAAAAGAGUCUUUGCAUUGCUUUCUGCGCUCGUUCUGGGAGGAGGGAAGGUGGCCAAGCCUCUGGAAACGGGCCCAUUCUUGCCGGCCCCACACUUGCCGACGAUCCCUGGGGCUGCCACCAUCUCUGCAGGAAGUUUUCCACGGUCCCUAAGGACCAAAGAGGGGGCGGGACGAGCUGGGUAGACGGACUGGCUUGCAGCCAAUCAGCGGCGGUUGGAGAGCAGGGUGCCGCGGCACGACUUCCGUUUCCGGCGAGGCCCUGGGCUCCGGAGGCUGGCGCGGCUGAUCCUGGCUUGCAGUGGGAGUCACGCGGCUUUGCGCGCGGGGCCGGGGUGAGGGUGUUGUCCCACGUCCGGCCGCCGCGCGUGACCGCGGUCCCUGCCUCCCGCCAGCCUCGCCGCGAUGCCCUUGCACAAGGUCCCUGUCGGCCUGUGGAAGCAGCUCCGGCUGUGGGAGGGCAUCUAUUCCCGCCUGCCCCGGCACUACCUGCGCUCCCUGGAGGAGGCGCGGACGCCCACUCCCGUGCACUACAGGCCUCACGGGGCCAAGUUCAAGAUCAACCCCAAGAACUGGCAGCGGGAGCGCGUGGAGGACGUGCCCAUUCCGGUUCACUACCCCCCGGAGUCCCAGCUGGGGCUGUGGGGCGGCGAGGGCUGGGUGCUGGGUCACAGAUACGUCAACAACGACAAGCUCUCCAAGAGAGUGAGGAAGGUGUGGAAGCCGCAGCUGUUCCAGCGCGAGCUCUACAGUGAGAUCCUGGACAAGCGGUUCACCGUGACCGUGACCAUGCGCACCCUGGACCUCAUCGACCAGGCCUGCGGCUUCGACUUCUACAUCCUCAAGACCCCCAAGGAGGACCUGUGCUCCAAGUUCGGGAUGGACCUGAAGCGGGGGAUGCUGCUGCGGCUUGCCCGACAGGACCCCCAGCUGCACCCGGACGACCCCGCCAGGAGGGCGGCCAUCUACGACAGGUACAAGGCGUUCGUCAUCCCCGAGGCAGAGGCCGAGUGGGUUGGCCUGACGUUGGACGAGGCCGUGGAGAAGCAGAGGCUCCUGGAGGAGAAGCUGGAGUCCCUCCUCCUCCGAGCGUCUCACUGGGACCCCGUCUCCCCGCAGGACCCCAUUCCUCUGUUCAAGAUCUUCGUGGAGGAGCUGCUCGGGCAGCUUCAGCAGCAGGCCCUCUCUGAGCCGGCUGUGGUGCAGACGAGAGCCAGCAGGAAGUAGCGGGUCGUAACCUGGGCCUCGGCCAAGCUCAGCACCCCGGCCCCCGCUGGCAACACGGACAGAGCCCAGGGUGCUGGUGACGGCUGCCUGUGGCCUUGGGCCAACCCGCGUGUGCGUACUGGCCCUGCAGCUCCCAGCGGGGGUGGUCCUUCCCCAAGAGGCCUCUUGUUCCAGGAUCCCCAGGGGCCUGGGGCCAUCUUGCUAUCUCUGUGGUCCCCUCCCUCGGGGGCAGCGUGAGUAAAGUCUGAGUUGGGCUGAG